UUUUGCUUAAAUGCUUUAAAAUAGUUUCAAGUCACAAAUGAAAAAUAAUUUUUCAACUGUUUUGUGUGAGAUGCGCAGUGACUUUAAAGAUAAUCAUCAAGAGACCAUCAAUAAAAUGAUCCAGUUUGGUACGGUAAAAUAUGGAAUUGUCAAGCAAUUGAAGGAUCGUGCCCGCAGCACUGACAAAGAUACUUCAAGUGAUCAAGAGGAAAAUGGCGCCUGCUCACCUCUUGCCAACAGUGGUGCUGCCAGUCCAAGUAGUACAAGUUGCAUGGGCUUAGCUACGGCUACGGCUACAGAAAACAUUGAUAAUAUUAUUACAACAACAGACACUAUUGCAGAGAACAAUAAGAGUGUAACACUUACAGCAGAUGCAUGCAGUGAAGAUCACAAUCAUAACAACAAUAUUGUAAUGUCUGCAGAACAGCAGACAGAACAAUUGUUACAAUUGAAAAUAACUACAACCGCAACAUCAACAACAAAUGCAACAACUAUAGAUACAAUAAAAUCAAUAGAAACUUUAACAACAGCAACAACAAUACCAACAGCAGCAGCAGCAACAGCAACAGCAACAGCAACAACAACAACGACGCUCAAUGCCAGUAGCACAAAUGCGCUGCUGCAUACAAAUGAUUUAGAUAAUUUAUAUGUAAACGACAAAUUGUCCACACCUGCAACUUGUAAGAGUGUGGCAGAAGAAGAAGGAGAAGACGAAGAAGAAGAACAACCACAACAACAACAACACCAACAAAUAAUAAUUAGGCACUCACGUGAAAGUUCUGUGGAGAAAUUGCCUUCAGACAUGUGCACGACUAUAGGCGUAGACUCAACGAACGAUACCGGUAGAGCAACGGUUUUGAAUAGUGCGAAGCUUGCCGCAGAAUCAGCAACGGAGACAGCAGAAUCACAAAGUUCAAUAUUGAGUGUUGGUGCCGCUGAACUGGAUACGGAGUCAGCCUCUGCAGCUACGUCUGUUGCUGCAUUAGCUACCGAUACGGUAACUACUAUGCCCGUUACUUCAACAGCUAGUAUUUUGUCCUCAUUACCUGCUGGCAUAGCAGCGCAAUUUGGCAAUGGUCCGGUUACUUUGGAGGCCAUACAAAGCAUGCAAAUGGCUAUCGCACAGUUCGCUGCCAAAACUAUAGCAAAUGGUGCUAGCGGCGCUGACAACGAGGCCUCCAUGAAACAAUUGGCUUUUUUGCAGCAGGCGCUAUUUAACCUGCAACAACAACAACUAUUUCAAAUUCAACUCAUACAGCAGCUGCAAUCACAGUUGGCCAUGAACCAGAGCAAAGACAGUGAUAUGGGUGAUGAUCUGGAAGAUGAGCGUGAAGAUGGUGAGGAGGAUACAUAUGAGGAGGAGGAACGCAUCGCUGAAAUGGAGUUACGUCAAAAGGCAGAGGCACGUAUGGCCGAGGCUAAAGCACGCCAACAUCUGAUAAAUGCUGGUGUUCCAUUACAUGACGGUGAAAUGGAAACUUCAGAAUCAUUGAAACGUAAACGAGAAGAUGAUAUGGAAACUUCCGCUUCAAUACGUCGUAUGAGUAUCGAGCGAAGUCAUAGUGGCGCUGCUAGAUUAUGUGAAAGUUCUGCCAGCGACACAUUAUCAAAAUUAAAAGAGAUGGAAAAUAUACCAUUACCUUUCGGUUCUGAUCUCGCCUCCAGCAUUAUAACAAAUCAUGAUGAUUUGCCUGAACCCAAUUCCCUGGAAAUGCUACAGAAGCGUGCUCAAGAAGUACUCGAUUCGGCUUCGCAGGGUAUUUUAGCUAAUAAUAUGGCUGAUGAAUUUGCGUUUAAGGAUAAAAAUGGUGAUGGUAAGAAUCGUAAUGAACCAUUUUUCAAGCACCGCUGUCGCUAUUGUGGCAAAGUGUUUGGUUCAGAUUCAGCUUUACAAAUUCAUAUACGUUCACACACAGGUGAGCGUCCCUUUAAAUGUAAUGUUUGUGGUAGCCGUUUUACUACAAAAGGAAAUCUUAAAGUACACUUUCAGCGACAUGCGCAUAAAUUUCCACAUAUUCCUAUGAAUGCCACACCAAUUCCAGAACAUUUGGACAAAUUUCAUCCUCCACUACUUGAUCAAAUGUCUCCUGAUAGCUCACCCACACAUUCACCGGCAGCGAUGCCCCAACAUAUGCCACAGCAAUUGCCAACAGUUUCGUUGCCACUGCCAUUUCCUCCUGGUGCGGGUUUUUCAGGUUUGCCUGGCUUAUAUCGGCCACCAAUGGAAAUUCUUAAAUCUCUUGGUGCUGCUGCUGGUGGACCGAGUUUUCCAAAUCCCUUUUUUCCGCAAAUGCCUGGCAUGAGUGACGGCAGUGCCGUUGCCGCCGCCGCAGUACAGGCCCAAGCAGCUGCUCAGGCAGCUAUAAAAAGUAGUCAUCAAGAAAUGCCUACGGACUUAAGAAAAUCUUCGUCGAACUCUCCAGAACUACCUAUUAAAACUGAAAUUCUUGAAGAAAGAGAAAAUGGUGAUGAGAGUGCCACAUGUGAAAAGGAAACACAUAAAAAUGUACCCGUAUCUCCAACAGGCAUUAAAAUAAAAUCAGAACAAAUUGAUAUUGACUUUCAGCAUGCUGAUAAAGACGAAGCAGUAUCACCUGCAACACGUUUAGCACCUUCUCCACCUAUUGCACCAGCAAAUUUACAACAAUCACGUCCACAUUUAUCUCUCACUCCACCGACUACGAUUUCUGCAAUUCAACCAUUACCACCAGUAGUUCAACCAGUGCAGCCACCUUUAGCCAUGCAUCCGCAUCCUUCGCCUGGUUCACAAAAUCAUCUCGAUCAUCUUCCCACACCUGGACAAUUACCACCUUCAUUACAUCAUCGCGAAGACUUCUUUAGUGAACGGUUCCCAUUAAAUUUCACGAAAAAUUUAUCUCCCGAUCGACACUCACCUAUACGAUCUCCAGCUCACAUUCCCCGUUCACCAUUUUUUAAUCCAAUCAAACAUGAAAUGGGUCUACUACCAAGACCGCACAGUAAUGACAAUUCAUGGGAGAAUUUUAUUGAAGUAUCAAACACUUCGGAAACACUUAAACUAAAGGAGUUAAUGAAAAAUAAGAAAAUCACAGAUCCUAACCAAUGUGUCGUUUGCGAUCGUGUUCUGUCUUGCAAGAGUGCAUUACAAAUGCAUUACCGUACGCAUACCGGAGAACGUCCGUUCAAGUGUCGCAUAUGUGGGCGCGCAUUUACAACCAAAGGCAAUCUCAAGACUCACAUGGCCGUGCAUAAAAUUAGGCCACCAAUGAGAAAUUUCCAUCAAUGUCCAGUAUGCCACAAAAAGUACUCAAAUGCACUGGUAUUGCAGCAACACAUACGUCUACAUACUGGUGAACCAACUGACUUGACACCUGAACAAAUACAGGCGGCUGAAAUACGUGAUCCACCUCCAACUUUAAUGCCAAAUGCUUUUAUAAAUCCUUUCGCGGCAGCAGCAUUUCACUUUGGUGCACUGCCCGGUAGUGGCGGUCUAGGACCAUUAGGGCCACACAAUGGUGCCUUGGGCUCAGAAUCCUCCCAAGGUGAUUUAGAUGAUAAUAUGGAUUGCGGCGAUGAUUUUGAUGAUGACAUAUCAUCUGAACAUUUGUCAAACAGUCAUGACAUGGAUUUGAACGAUAGACCAAAGUCCGGAGAUGACUUCAAAGGCUUACUUUUUGAGCAAAAAUUACGAAUUGAUGCAACUGGUAUAGUUAAUACAACACCACGGCCACAUUCGGUUACUAGCAAUGCGAACUCAAUCAGCUCUGCACCCACAAGCCCUACCACCGCGCCUAAGUUAUGUUCCACACGUGUAAGUUCCCCUGCACGUUCGGCAUCGGACGUGUCACAAGGUGCACUUGAUCUGACUCCGCGUUCUAUACCAACAGCAACUAGUAAUAGCGCAAGUGCACGCUCUCCAACAAGCACCGCUACUAUUAGAAAAUCUCCAACCCCACCGUGCAAUGCCAACAGAAGCCCAAGUACAACACAAAAACUAACUCAAAUGAGUACCGCACUCACAUCACCGUUAACACAUACUGGGCCUACUGCAGCCGAUUGUCUUCCACCUGUAUUGCAUCAUCAUCUACAACAGCAACACCAACAACUAAUGCAACAGCAAGCAGCAGUUGCUGCUGCCGCGCAUGCACAGGCGCAAGCGCAGCAUCAUCACCACCAGCAAAUGCAACAACAUGCCGUGGCAAUGCAUCAGGAACAUUUGCGACGCGAGCAACAGGCUCAAGCCCAGGCUCAAGCACAGGCACAACAACAACUCAGCCAGCUUAGCCAACAGCAACAAUCACAACAGCAAGCAACAGCACCACCACCACCGCCUCCACCGCAACAGGGACCACAGCCACCAAACCCGCUAAUUGCAGCACGUCCACCUUUCGGUAUGUUCCCCAAUCUCCCGCUGUUCCCUCCGGCUACCGCACAAAACAUGUGCACCGCCAUGAAUACGAUAGCGCAGUCUGUGAUGCCGGCGGCUCCGUUCAAUCCACUUGCACUAUCGGGCGUCAGAGGGAGCACAACUUGUGGUAUUUGCUUCAAAACAUUCCCCUGCCAUUCGGCUUUAGAAAUUCACUAUAGAAGUCAUACGAAGGAGCGACCGUUCAAGUGUUCAAUCUGUGACCGCGGUUUUACAACUAAGGGAAAUCUAAAGCAGCAUAUGUUGACACAUAAAAUUCGUGAUAUGGAGCAGGAAUCCUAUAGAAAUAGAGCAGUAAAGUAUAUGAGCGGCUGGAAGGAAGAAUUUGAGUAAAGUUUAAAAGAAUGAAGCUAUGCAUGAAUGCAUUGCAUUGCUGGCUAAUUAAUUGCAAAUAAAAUCUGGAAAUUGUUUAAGUAAAAAUCUAAAUACACUCGGUAAAUAUAAUGAA